AUGGAGGCAACGUUCACCCCACUUCUUUCCAAAGUAUCAGGAAACCCUACCUCGCCCUCGAGUUCAUCGACAGAUGAUCUCCCUGCGGGAGUUCUUCCCUAUGAAGACUUCGACUUUGCGCCGUACCUUCAAGAGGUGAAGACGGAGGAGGAUCUGCGGAAGACGUGGCGCGUAUUCACCAAAAUGAAGGAUGUGCUUGAGACAGGGCGAAGGCUCGAGAACUUUUCUUGGCGCUUGUGGUUUGCGAAGCGUAGCCAGGGCGAGACGCUGGACGAAGAGGAGCUUGUUAAGGAUCUCACCCAACUCGAGAAGUAUGACCUUGACUUGCAGCGCGAUCUCCAGCGCAUGCGCCAAUCGACGGAAGGUGUGCUGACAAAUAUUUUCACCGAUCAGGAGAAGAAACGUUUCGAGGAACAAGAGCGUCGGGAGCAGCUUCGUCUGCUUCUAGAGCACCUGGAACGUCUGAAAGCCAUCAAGGAGGAACACAGUUUGCCGGACGAUGCGCUGGAUAAAAUUUUGAACCUUGUUGACGACGCUUUUGGGGAAAUGGCUGAUGCGGCGGCUGCUGCCCAGCAGCAGCAACAACAGCAGAUCUCCCUGGACAGCAAAGCGCCCCGCGUCGUUCGCCUUCCGCGCUCUUACGCCGACGUGCUCGAGACCCUGGAGCGCAUUCGAGCGGAGCUGGCGCUCAUUCCGUCGUGCGUGGCGUUUGGUCACUCGUUGGAGCGCAAUGGAGCCAAUAACUUCCUGCUCUACCUCUUGCGAGAGCUUGUGGAUAGUUUCAUAUUUACACUAGUUGUACCAAAGGACGGCCCAAUGCGUGAGGACUUCGAAGCGCUCGGGUGCCGUGUUGAGCUGUUGGAGACGACGGCUGAGUCGUUUGCGGAUCAUGUCAACAAGCUGGUGUCGAGUCACUCAUUUCUGAUUGCCAAUACAAUCAUGCGCGCAGAAGCUGUCAUUGCGGCGGCGAAGCAUGGCACACCUUCUAUCUGGGUGAUUCACGAGGCCUGGCCUCAGGAUCAGUUUGAUUACUACGCGAAGCAAGUAUUUCAAAUGGCUCACGUCGAUGGUGACCUCAUCCGCCAGGGAUUUGCAACCGCUAGUCGUAUCGUUUUCCCUGCCCACGUUCAGAAACAGUGUUACGCUGGAUUAUUCGAGCCGCAUCGGUCUCAGGUGAUCUACAACGGCAUACCAUUGUCUGCCAUCAAUAGCUACCGCUCGACGCAGAAUCGCGACCGGGUUCGAGCAGAGCUCGGCUACCAGCCGACUGAUCGUCUGGUUGUCCACCUGGGAACAAUUUGCAAGCGGAAGGGCCAAAUCUACACAGCACGUGCUUUCAGCCUACUGAGAAACGAUCCGGAAAUCCAGCAGUCAGGAUACAUGUGCAAGCUGCUCAUGGUUGGAGCUCGUUUUAUUCGUGACCAUGAAAUCGCCUAUCAGCAGGAGAUUAAGGCGGAACUCGAGGCUGCUGGCGCAAUUCGCGAUUGCACCAUCCUCGAAAUUCAGAAGAAUGUUUUGCCCUAUUAUUUGGCCGCUGAUAUUCUGGUCGUGCCAUCCUUGAACGAGGUCCUGCCGCUCGUGGUGUGCGAAGCCAUGGCGUUUGAGCGACCAGUGGUGGCGAGUGCCAUCGACGGCAUCCCCGAGGCAAUCUCAGAUGGUGUCGAAGGUUUUCUGGUGCCACCGGCAGACGAGCAGAGCCUGUACGAACGGGUGAAACAACUCAUUCUUGAUGAGAAUCUGCGGACGGUGAUGGGCAAGAAUGGGCGCAAGCGGGUUUUGGGCCAGUUCAGCUUCAGCGCGAUGGCGAACAACUAUCGCCAGGUUAUUCAAGACGCUCUGAAGGACAAGCCCUCAGCGGCCGCUGCGGCCUUGGAGGCAGCGUAA